AUGGACACUCCCGACAACACAAACCCGACCGUGAAAGUCACCGUUCUCCGUGGAAGCAACCUGCGACCGAGGAAAGGUGACAGCUUGCAGAGUUUUCUGAAGGUUGAGAUGGAUGGAACUCUGCUGGGAGAGUCGGACUGGAAGCCGGUCGACUCUGUGGAGCGUCGUGUUGACUACGACUUCAGCUGCAGCUUCCACUGGCCAGCAGACGCUCAGGCUCUCAGUGGCAUCGCCCAGAAUCCCAUCAUAUUGACAGUGAUGGAGGUUCUGCCUGAGGAGAAGAAAGCGAAGGCGGCGGUGCUGGGCCAGGCCGUGGUCGACCUGCUGCCGCUGCUGCGAGGUCAGAGCAGCUUCUCAUCCACAGUCCCAGUGAAUCCAGCCGGCAGCUCCUCUGCCAAAGAGUCCUUCACAGACCUCAGCCGCAAGCGGCCGACCCUGGACGUGAGCGUCAGCGUGUCGGAUGCGUUGCUGCCUGAAGCUGAACUCUCAGCCUCCAACCUGAUGAAGGUAACCGUGGAGACGGCCUACUCCAUCCCCGAGUCCUGGAUGCUGACGUCGGGUUCGACUCCCUUCACGUACGCUGCUGCCCUGGAGGUCCCGCUGACUGCAGAGAAGGAUCAGGUGCUGUUGUUCUGUGAAGGACAGCUCAAAGCUGGAGGACAGGAGGAGGACAGGAAGCGACAGAAAAAGAGGCCUCAUCGGACCACGCUGGUCCCAGACAACCACUUUGUGCCCAAAGCCUUUUUCCAUCCAGUGCCCAUCGAGCUGGAGGACGGAGAGCUGACCGGCCCGGAGGACCGGACGUUCCGUGAUGAAGCAGAGACCAUGAAGAACAGAGUGAGCUGGGACACUGAGACGUGCUGCUUCAUCGACCCAGGAGGAACCGACAGGCUGCGUCAGAGGAUCAAUGAGAGCCGACUGUGGCCGGUGGAGGUCAUGAGGUCUUUGUUGCCGCUGGCAAAGCUCGGUGACAGCGACCCAGAGAUCCCCUUCCACGGCGUUGCGUUUGUGGACAUGGGGAAGCUGCUGUAUCCUGGAGUCAGACGCAUCCGAGGAGCGUACAGCGUUCAGCCGUUCACCGAGGCCGAGCUGCUCAGCAAGGCCAAGCGGUGUGCCAGCGUGUUAAAGGAUCAGGCCAAGGCAGCGGCCAACCAGGCCAAAGCUCGAUCCGGCUCGGCUCGCGGCUCCAACAAACCGAAGGCGGGGAAGAACUUGGACGGAAGCAACAAGGCAGUGAAGGGGACCAAGGACUUUGCCAAGAAGAUGUACGUGAAGGCCAGAACUUAUAUUAUCAUUGAAGUAGCCCUGGAGAAACCGCUGGUACCAAAACCAUCCACAGAGGAGCUGGCCAGAAGGGUGAAGGCGCUGAUCCCACCCAGAAAUCCACUGCCAGCAGGUCCAAGCCCAGCAGAAAGAGCAGUGCUGGACUUUCACAGGGAGGUUAACAACGUGGUGACCAGCGUCUCAGAGCAGUACGAGGACCUGUUCGGCCCGAGUCGUCGGCCGCCGCAGAACUGGAGCUGCGAGCAGAUCAAGGUUCAGCUGAUGGGAGCGCUCAAUGUGUCGGGGAGAUACUUCGGCUUUAAGGAGCAGAUGGAGCAUGCAGUGGUGAAGCUCGUACGCGACAAGAUGCAGCGUACGGAGCGGUUCACGGACCCCCACGAGCUGAAGAUUUUCGCCAGCAAGCUUUACGUUGAGUUGGUGGACGAGAUGCACGUAGCUCUCAAUAAGAUUUAUUCGGACGAUGUGGACGAAGACUCCUCAGAUGAAAUCCAGUUAGAUUCCUCUCAGCUCAGACAUUUCGCCAGAGAGGCUCAGCUCACUGGGAAUUACCAACAGGCUGCCCAGUACUAUCAAGAGCUGGUGGUGAUGCAGCCCACCGAGCCCUCCCAUAAGUCAGAGUGGGGAAGUCUGCACAUGCUGACCGGAGACUACAUGAAGGCGAAAGAGUGUUUCCAUGACGCCGUGUCCGUCCAACAGACGCACCAACCCAGCCUGAUGAUGUGCGGAGUCUUGGCCGUGAUGUUUGAAAGUUACAAGGAGGCCCAGACCUUCCUGGAGGGAGCCGCCAGCUUGGACCCGCCCAGUGUGGUGGCCUGGACGCUGCUGGGUUUGCUGCACAAGAGUCAAAACGAAUCCAUCCUGGCUGAGGCGGCUUUUCUGAAGGCGACAAGAAUACUGAAGACAGACGAGGCAAAGAAGCAAACACAAAGAGAAGAUAAGAAGAAAGACAAGGAGGAGGAAAAUAAGGAAAAUGAGCAGCAGAAUGAGGAGGAGGCAGCUGCUCAGCCUCCCAAACAAGACCCAGAGUUUGCUGACCAGGACUCAGAGGUGCACAAAGAGCCUCCAGCUCAGAGUUUUGACUCCAGAGCAGCUCCAGCCAAACUCCCCUCCGCCAUUUACACUCAGACAGUCGGGUUCCUGCUGCACAACAAUGCCCUGCAGAUGGCGGAGUGUGCUUUGUCCCAGGAGCUGCUGAGUUCAGACGGAGGUCGCAGCGUCUCCUACCUGCUUCACCUGGCUCACCUGCAGCUGCUCAGAGCCGACUACAGCAGUGCAGCCGCCAACCUCAGGGAGGCGCUGCUUCACGGAGAUCAGGAUGCAGCUGUCUGGGCUCUAAACGGUCACUAUCACUACCUGCAAGGUGCGUUCACUGACGCCCAGCAGAGCUACGAGUGGAGCCUCACCCUCCAGCAGCGGCCUUCGGACGUUCACGUCGUCCUCCUCCGCCUGGGAUCCAUCUAUCUCCUGAAGAAGGAGUUUGAACAAGCCCAAGGUGUUUACCUGCAGGCCUGUGAACAGUCUCCAUCCUGCCUCACCUGGCUGGGCCUCGGCACCGCCUGCUACCGGCUGCAGCAGCUGAGUGAGGCUGAAGAGGCUCUGGCUGAAGCCAACCGUCUGAACAUCCAGAACGCCGAGGUGUGGGCUUACCUGUCGCUGCUGUGCCUCAGGUUGGGACGACCAGAAGACGCAGAGCAGUGUCUUAAAUACGCAACAAGGUUCAAGCUGCAGGACGAAUCUCUCCUCCAAGAGUUCGAUGAGCUGAAGGAGCAGCUUCGCUUCAGUUGUCUGGCGUCGUGUUUCCAACAAAGGCCUGAGGUUUAA